AUGCUCAUGGCCCUCUCACACCUCUCUCUUUUCACUUUCGACAGUCUUCCUCCGACUCUUGUAUCUAUUACUACUUUUAUUGAGGUUAACUACUGGCAGGAGACCGAGGUCUUUACCCGGGGGUAUCUUCGUCCAGGCACAACCAUCAUCGUGGUAGAGCCUUUCAUCAAUGGCAUGUGGAAUGGAACAAUCGGACUCCGAGUUGAUCAUCCUUCUGAUCUGAGGAUUCUCCCGGAUCAUGAUAUCCUUGUUCCUAUGCCGUGGCGACAACAGGUUUCGAGUCCGGAGAUGGGUGCCAUGCACUGGGAAACCAAGGGUAAUGACGCUAUCAACGAAGGUGACUAUCGAUGCGCAAUUGAUUGGUCUCCCACCGCCGAUGAGGCCGUGACGAUCAAGCUCAACCGCGCGCUCGCCUCCCUGAGAUUCCAUCAGUUUGACUCAGCACUUCGUGACCUGGAGAUAACAACCCCAAAAACCAAGCCUUCCGAGAAGGCGCUCCUCCGCAAAGCCCAGGCUCUCUACCAUCUUGAUCGGUUUCAAGAGUCCUGUGGGGUCCACAAAGUGCUCCGGAAAGAAUAUCCCGAAAACACCACCGCGCAGAGAGAAUUCGCGCGCGCCAUUGCACGGCUGGAGGAACAACGAAAGGGCAUCUUUCCGGUUAAGAAGAUGCAGCUCGAGGCCACGAAGCGUCGCACACCAAUUUUGGACCACGCAACCUACAUUGGGUCGGUUUCUGUUCGUUCAACCAGAUAUGCCGGACAAGGCUUGUUCACUACCCAAGCGGUCAAAGCGGGAGACCUCCUCCUCUGCGAGAAGGCUUUCGCGUACGCCCAUCUAAACGUGGAGGAUUACACUAAAAGUAUAGUUUGCCGAAUUGAUCCAGUACGCGAGAGAUUCUCCGCGGGUUCCGUUGUCGAGCUUCUAAGGCUCAUGACUCAGAAGCUCUACAAGAACCCGUCUCAUAUGCCAUUUGUAACCAAACUUUAUCACGGCGAACACGAGAGUGACUCUGAUGUCCGGGAAGUAGACCAUUUGCCGGUGAUAGACACCCUUCGGCAGGUUCAGCUAAGCACCUGGGGAUCCGAAGCGUUCAAGGGUCAGCCCGAGCAAGAAGAUUCCUCUGUCGGCGUGUGGCCCUGGGCCUCCCGUAUCAGCCAUUCCUGCUACAACAACGCUGAAACAUCAUUCAUCGGCGAUAUGCUGAUCGUCCGCGCCGCGCAAGAUCUUCCUCCGGGCACGGAGAUCACCUCCCUCUAUCGCCCGCGGUACCGAGAGGGAGACUGUCCCAGCGCUGUGGCGCUGAACCUGCGCAACUGGGACUUCGAUUACACGCGCAACAUAUGCCAGGACCACGAAGAGACCACGGCCAAAGCCCUAGCUACAGGCCGAGCUAUGGACUGCAUUACGCGAGCCUAUCGCCGGCCGGCCGCUGAGGUUCCGCGUAUCGGCCUGGCAAGGGGGUAUCCGUUGCUUGCCAUAUUCUGGGCCUCCCUCAACAAUCCACUGAAAGCGAUCGAGUUUGCAUCGAAGGCCUUCGAGUCUCUCGGCUACGUGAUCGAGGGCAUCAAUUCCCCGUACUCUUCUGAAGGGUCCGUGCCGUGCUGGAUGACGCUCGCGCACUCCUAUCGCAAGGUGGCGCCUGGUCUUGCGCCGCAGGCGGAGGAGUAUGCCAAGACCACGUAUGGGAUUGUCGUGGGCGAGGACGAGACCUUCGCGGAGACGUUCGGCUGGCCCGCCAAGCUGCCUGAUGGUCUAUUGUCUACGGCGCGAUGA